GCAGCUUCGGACUCCAACCUAUAGGAAAGCAUGGCUGCACCUUCUGAAAUAAGAAUUGUGCUUUUGGGAAAAACAGGAUCUGGGAAGAUCAGCACAGGAAAUGUUAUCCUGGGGGAAGAGAAGUUUGGAGUUUCCUCUGAUCCUAACAGUGUAACAAAAGAUUGUCAAACAGAAGAAGGAAACAUAAAUGGCUGGAAAUUUACAGUAACUGACACACCAAGGAUCUUUGACCCAGACAGGGAUGAGAAAGAUCUGAAGUAUUCCAUAAUAUCCUGUCUCACUGAGUGUGCUCCUGGUCCACACGCCUUAGUGCUGAGAGUGGGAAGAUUCACCAAAGAGGAGGAAGAGUCUGUGAAGAUGAUACUGCAGUACUUUGGGGAGGAAACCCUGAAGCACAUGGUUGUCCUCUUCACAUAUGGUGAUGAGCUUGACAAAAACAAGAGCAUUAAAGAGUUUGUAGAGAAGAACAAGGAUCUGAAGGAACUGUUUGAUAAGUGUGAAGACCGAGUCCAUGUCAUUGACGGUAAGUGGUGGAACAAAAACAAAGAUAAAAAUGCUCAGUCUGCAGAUCUCCUGGAACAACUAAAUAAAAUGAUGAUAGAGAAGAGAGAAGCUGGGGAAUCACAAGCUGUUCAGAUACUUGAAGACUUGAAGAACCAGGUAUUACAGCAAAGACCCUCUGAUCAGGAACCAGGCCAAGGGUCAGAAAGACCUUAAUGCUUUGAUGAAAACCUGGAUGAAGAAGAGUACAGGAGUAACAGCUUUCAGAUUAAACAGCUGCUGACAACUAUAGAGUUUAUGUCAUAGCAGGAGCAGUAAGAGUUGGGAUGGCAGGAGUCAAAGCUGGAGAAACAUGCAUUGAUACCAACCGUGCAGCCAAGGAAGCUGCAAAAGUUGCAGGGCAGGCAGGGUUAUCUACACUGAAGGAAGUGUGAAAUGCCACCGAAAAACUAGCCAGGUCUAAGGAAAGUCCUUACAAAAAACUUCAGUAGCGACUCUGAAGAUCUGGUGACUCUUUAAAUUGUGCAUGUGUAACAGGUAGGUUUUGAUGUGGAAUCAUGUAUCAUGAAGCAUCAGUUCCACAUUCUCUGUCUCUCACGCAGACUAGUGUUAGUUGUGAAUGAAACAGCUCUUUGAGCCCCUUACAUGAAGAAUGGGGACAGCUCCCAUCUGAGAGAUGAUUUUUUUUUGUUGUAAAAUUAAUACAACACAGAAUAAUAUAAUGACGGCAGUACUUUCAGAAAGAAUCUUGCUUAAUGGUUUGGGAAACACACUUGUAAUUGAAAGUGCCACCCCUGUUCCUGUGAUAUUCUGGGAAAUUGUGAUUGUUCAAAUCCACCUAGCAGAUUGCAUAUACAUCCUAGGAUGCUUCUUGCCUUCAUUCACCUUGAAUGAAUGUAGCCUUGGCCAGGAGGGUUUGAUGUCAUCAGGUAGUACCCAUCGUUCAUUGGGUGUUUCGACCCUUAUCCACAACACCCUCCUGAUGGUGGGUCAGCAGUGGUGGCCAAGUCACUGCCCAUCUUCCCCUCCUGGCUUCCAGCUUACCUCCUCUCUCCUGCUCCAUAACCAGCAAGAAGCCCUUUCUGCUGCCUCCCCCAUUCUGUGAGCUGCUGCCUUUCUGUCCUUCCCUGCCAUCCCUAUGGCUGUGAGCAUUCUCUAUACUGACUGUGCAGGGAAUCCUCUACAGCCAACCUCAACGGGGAACAGCAAUCCCUGUCAUCCCUAUGUCUGUUAGCAUUCUCCAUACUGACUGUGCAGGGAAUCCUCUACAGCCAACCUCAACGGGGAACAGCAAUCCCUGUCAUCCCUAUGUCUGUUAGCAUUCUCUAUACUGACUGUGCAGGGAAUCCUCUACAGCCGACCUCAACGGGGAACAGCAAUCCCUGUCAUCCCUAUGUCUGUGAGCAUUCUCCAUACUGACUGUGCAGGGAAUCCUCUACAGCCGACCUCAACGGGGAACAGCAAUCCCUGUCAUCCCUAUGUCUGUGAGCAUUCUCCAUACUGACUGUGCAGGGAAUCCUCUACAGCCGACCUCAACGGGGAACAGCAAUCCCUGUCAUCCCUAUGUCUGUUAGCAUUCUCCAU